AUGUCCGCGAGCGAAGAAGAAAGCGGCUCCUCCAGUGGCUCCGAAGGCGAAGCCCCUGAGCUGGCGCUGCCCAGUAGCAAGGCUCCCUUUGAAAAGAUCUCCUGCUUGGGCGAAGGCGCCUUUGGCGCCGUCUGGUUGGCGCGCUCCAAGAGCAGCGGCCAAUAUGUGGCCCUCAAGGAGAUUGGUCGCCACCACGCGGACGUCGCGCUGCUGCGCCCCGAACGGGACCUGCUGCGCCGCAUCGCGGACGAGGGCGGCGGCGGCGGCGCGCGUCCGCUGACGGGGCUGGUGGCGACCUACACGACGCCCUUCGCGGUGUGUUUGGCCAUGGAACUGGUCGAAGGCACCCACUUGUUCGACCACCUCAAAGCCGAGAAACGCUUCACGGAAGACCGUGUCCAGUGGUAUGCGAGCGAGAUCGCUGGAGCGUUGGAGUGGCUCCACUCCAAGGGCUGGCUGUAUCGAGAUUUGAAACUCACCAACGUGAUGUUGUCGAUCUCAGAGAAGUCCUAUGGCCGCGUGAAGCUGAUAGACUUUGGCUUUGCGCAUGAGGGACUUUGGAGCGAUCAAGCUCUUGGGACACUGCAGACCAUGGCACCGGAGGUCAUCGCGUGUGCGAAAAGCGACUGGUUGAAGGAUUUGAAGCUGGAAGCUGUUCACGAUGGAAAGAAAGCAGGAUAUGGUCCUCAAGCAGAUUGGUGGUCUUUGGGCGUAAUUCUAUUCGAGCUUCUCACUGGUGAAGUGCCGUUCGGCCGGCACGACGACUUGUUGUUAGAAGGCUUUCGGGUCCUGCAGCGUCAGCAAGAGGGAUGGAUGUGGCCGGAUUUGAACAUCAGCAGUGCAGCCAAAGAAGCUGCAGGCGCGUUGUGUCAGCUGAAGCCUCACGAGCGCUUGGAUGGGCAGAGUUUGCGGCACCAGGAGUUCUUCCAAAAGGUCCCUUGGGAAGCCUUAGAGGAGGCGGGCCCUGGCCCUGGUUGCCAGCGCUUAGGCUUCACCAUCGCCUCAGCCAGUGAGGAGGAGAACAUGUGUCGGCCACGACGGGUCAUGGCGAUGCCAGUGACCUUGGAAGGUGCUGAGAGCGACAUGCUCUGCCUGGUGGUGCGGCUCCUGGCGCAGCAGCGUUUUCGCAGCACGCGGCUGGUGAUCAUGUCUGCCACCUUACAGUCGGGGCUCUUCGCCACGUACUUCGCCACGGUCUCGCCGCUGCCGGUGGGCAACGUCUUCGUGGGGGCGAGGUGUUUCAAGGUCACCGAAUACUUCUUGGAGGAUUUGCCAAAGGCCUUCCGCAAGAAGUUGCGCUGUGAGUCAUUGAUCCAGUCGCGGAUCAAGGAGGUCUUUGGGCUGGUGAAACCCAAGAAGAUCGAUCAGAAGCACUGCGACAAGAUGCACUCGAUCAUUUUGGAGCUCCUCGAGGUCAUCGCUUCGCCCGACAGCACGAUCCUGGUCUUCCUCCCUGGGAUCGCGGAAAUCUCCGCCCUGUGGCAGGAAGCGAGAGAUUUGGAGCAUCGCGGCUUUCGAAUCUUUCCUCUUCACUCCAUGGUGCCACGGGAAGAGCAGGAGCUGGUCUUCCAGGAGCCCGAGCCCGGCAUCACCAAUGUGGUUCUCGCCACCGACAUCGCGGAAUCUUCCAUCACUCUGCCGCAUGUGGUGGCCGUGGUGGACUUGGGCUUGCAUCGUCGCAUGGACCACGAUGCGUCCAAGGGCAUUGCGUCCUUGGCCACCAAGUGGAUUAGCAAAGCGGCCGCCACGCAAAGGAGUGGGCGCGCCGGGCGCACACAGCCGGGCCUUUGCCUUCGUUUGUACACGCAAGAGUUCUUCAACGCGCAGAUGCACGACUUCGAGCCACCGGAGUCCAAGUCCAUGGCCUUGGACCGGCUCUACCUGCAGGCGAAGCAGCUCUCGGUGCAACUGAACCAGUCCUUGCAGGGCUACGGCGCGCCUCAGGGAGCGCAACAGCUCCUGUCCCAGUUGCCCGAGGCGCCCGACUUGAAGAACGUCACGGCGGCGCGGCAGAAGAACGCGGAGCUGGGCACCAUCUCCGACGGCACCGAGGCAGCAAAGAUCACUGCCCUGGGGUAUUUGUGCCUCCAGCUCCCCUUGGAGCUCAAGCUCACCCGGCUCGUGUGGCUCGGGGCGCACUUCGGCGUCGUCGCCGACGCCGUGGUCCUGGCGUCAGUGAUGUCGUCGCAAGAUGCCUUUUCGAUGCCAAGUCCUCUCUUCAUGCGAGAGGAGCUGGACUUCGUGAGCCGUUUACGCUCGGCGGCCUCCGCGAGGCUCCUCUUCGACUCCGGGGAGUUGUCGGAGCCCUUGAUGCACCGUCAACUGUUUCUCGAGUGGCUCACGGAGUUUCAUCAAAACCAAUACGUGUGCGGAGAUAAGGAGAAGGUUCUUUGGGCCAGAAGGAG